CCUACCCAGACAGCCAAGGAUGUUAGGUGGACUAUACGGCCCACUUUCCUCAGACUGCAGGAUGCCACUCAGAAAAGCCAAGAAUUCACUCAGGACAUUAGAAGUUGCCUCCCUGGUCAAAAGUCACCUUUCUAAUCAUUUGUUUUUGACUUGCCACUGUAGCCCUAAUAGGCAGCCAUUUGUUCUGUUUGGUAAUCAUUCUACACAAGAAAACCUGAAUGCUGGCAACUUUAACUUCCCUUCAGAAGGGCAUCUGGUACGCAGCACUGGCCCAGGUGGAAGCUUUGCCAAACACAUGGUAGCACAGUGUGUCUCGCCAAAGGGACCCCUUGCUUGCUCGAGAACAUACUUCUUUGGAGCUACUCACAUGCCUUACUUGGGUGAUGACAACAAACCGCCCAAAAAAACUGAGCAAAUUAGGCUCUUAUCCCAGGUAUAUGCUGCUGUUGUUGAGGCUGUUCUGGCUGGUAUUGCAUGCUAUGCUAAAACUUCCAGUCUAACAAAGGCCAAGGAGGUAGCAGAGCAAGCCCUGGGAUCUGGGUUAGAUUCCUAUGAGUUGAUGCAAUUUAAGACAGCCCUACGCUCUAAGAUGGCUUUUCAUAUACAUGCUGUGAAUAAUCAGGGAAGAAUUGUACGUCUGGAUAGUGAAGAUAGUUUAUACUUUGUGAAGACGGCUUGUAUGACUGUCUAUGAUAUUCCUGACUUGCUGGGAGGAAGAGGGUGCUUAGGAUCUGUGGUCUUCUCAGAAUCAUUUUUGACAUCUCAGAUAUUAGUUAAAGAAAAAGAUGGCACUGUUACCACAGAAACCAGCUCCAUAGUCCUGACUGCGGCCAUACCCAGAUUCUGCUCCUGGCUGGUAGAAGAUAAUAAAAUAAAAUUGUCUGAGAAAACCCAGCAAGCAGUGAGGGAAGAUGAGUGUUUCCUGGGCACCUUUCUAACAGGAGGGGAAGGAGCAUAUCUUUAUUCUAGCAGUCCACAGUCCUCACCUGAGGAAGGGAAAGUGCAUUUCUUUUCUAGUGGCCUUGUGGUUUUUCAUCGUCAUCAUGGAAGUAUCAUCAUUUCCAAGAAUUACAUGAAUUCCAUUUCGUUCUAUGAUGGGGACUCCACCAGUGUUGUUGCUGUCCUCCUGAUAGACUUCAAAAGCUCCUUGCGGCCUCAUCUUCCAGUUCAGUUCCAUGGAUCAAGCAAUUUUCUGAUGAUUGCCCUUUUCCCCAGAUCAAAGAUAUACCAAACAUUUUACUCACAGGUCUUCUCCCCCUGGCAACAGCAGGCUAACUCAGGGCUCUCUUUAAAAGUGAUCCAGGAAGAUGGAUUAUCUGUGGAACAAAGGAGAUUACACUCCAACGCACAGAAGCUCUUCAGUGCCCUCAACCAUCCAGCUGGCGAAAAAUGGAGUCCUCUCAAGCUACUCUCUGCCAAACUCCCAGAGCUGGACUGGUUUCUCCAGCAUUUUGCAGUCAGCAGUGUUAGUCAGGAACCUGUAAUGAGGGCCCAUCUUCCUGUCCUGCUGCAGCAAGCUGAAAUCAACUCUCCUUUCAGAGUGGAAAAUGACAAGGUAAUUAUCAACAUUGUAACCGGCCUCCCAGGCUGUCAUGCUAGCGAGCUCUCUGCUUUUCUGGUCACACUGCAUAAGGAAUAUGGCAGGUGGAUGGUAUACCGCCAGCUCAUGGACAGCUCCGAAUGUUUUCAUGCUGCCCACUUCCAGAGGUACCUUUCCAGUGCCUGGGAGGCCCAGCAGAACCGCUCUGCCCGCCAGUCAGCCUUCACCCGCAAGAAGACCAGAUUGCUGGUGGUGUUACAAGGCUAUACAGAUGUUAUUGAUGUUGUCCAGGCCCUGCAGACCCAUCCAGACUCAACUGUCAAGUCCUCCUUCACCAUUGGUGCUAUCACAGUAUGUGUGGAGCCCCUGAGUUGCUACAUGGAGCACAGAUUUCUCUUUCCUAAAUGUCUUGACCAAUGUUCACAAGGCUUGGUGAAUAAUGUGGUGUUUACCAGUCACACGGUGGAACAGAGACACCCUCUCCUUGUUCAGCUCCAGAGUCUCAUCAGGGCUGCCAAUCCUACUGCAGCCUUCAUUCUUGCAGAAAAUGGGAUCGUCACCAGGAAUGAAGACAUUGAGCUGAUUCUCUCAGAAAAUAGUUUUUCAACUCCUCAGAUGCUACGAGCUCGAUAUUUAAUGUACCCUGGCUGGUAUGAAGGUAAAUUUGAUUCUGGAUCAAUCUUUCCACUGAUGGUUCAGAUCUGCGUAUGGUUUAGUCGGCCUUUGGAGAAGCCUCGCUUUGUGGCCAGAUGUAAAGCAAUUCGGUCCUCCAUCAAGCCAAGUCCCUUCUCUGGAAACAUCUACCACAUCCUGGGCAAAGUGAAGUUUUCAGACUCUGAGAGGACCAUGGAGGUCUGCCACAGCACUCUAACCAAUUCCUUAAGCAUUGUGCCGGUGUUGGAAGGACCCACUCCACCACCUGACUCCAGAAGCAUAUCUCAAGACAGUGGUGGGCAGCAGCAGGAAUGCUACCUUGUGUUCAUCGGCUGCUCCCUGAAGGAAGAAAGUGUGAAGGACUGGCUACGGCAGUCAGCGAAGCAGAAACCUCAGAGGAAAGCCCUGAAGACCAGGGGGAUGCUGACCCAGCAGGAGAUCAGGAACAUCCACGUGAAACGCCACCUGGAUCCCCUACCUGCAGGCUACUUUUAUAAUGGAACUCAGUUUGUCAACUUCUUUGGUGACAAGACUGAUUUUCACCCACUCAUGGACCAGUUCAUGAAUGACUACGUGGAAGAAGCCAACCGAGAAAUUGAGAAGUAUAACCGUGAGCUGGAGCAGCAGGAGUAUCAUGACCUCUUUGAGCAGAAGCCAUAGGGGAAAGCGAGGCCUGAAUGUCCUGCAGAAUGUCUAUCCCAGAGACUGAUGCUAUGGUGUCUUAGCUUCCACUCUGCUGGAGGCCCCUCCCUCGAGGGGCUACCUUGUUCUCCUUGGCCUGUAUGUGCUGGCGUGA